UUCAGUCAGUCAGUAGCAUGGCGUCUCUCAGGCUCCUGCUGCUCAGCACCGCUCUCAUCCACACCACCCAGUCUCUCCCUGCAGCUCGCGGUGGGGGGCGUGGCCUGGACGUCUCCGUGAGCGCGCUCAGACGCCAGCGCAGAGACCUCCGUAACCUGUUGCCCUAUGAGGACCAGAUGUUGACAUAUCCCGCCACUCAGAGAGGAGCUGGGGCCAACAACCUGUACUACCAAUCAGAUGACUGGAGGGGGCGGGGCAUGGACCAGGCUCUGCAGCGAUUGGUGGAGAGGGACCAGAGGCGGGAGCAAGACGAGGAGCAGAGAGCAGCCUACAUGGCGGCGAUGCUCCGCCUCCUGAGCGAGGCAGAGAGCGCGGGAUUGGUCGGCCCGGGCGACGAGGACGAUCGGGGGCCACAGGGGGACUUCCAGGGCCCGGCCCCGGCAGACUACGAUGAGACGGGAAGGGGGCUGAACAUGGGGAGGCCCCCGGCCGCCUGGUGGGGCCUCGUUGAGCCCCAGCUGGCUCAGGCUCUGCUGGACAGAGCCAGACAGGAGAGACUUCAGCAGGCCGGACGACUUUCAUCAGGACCCAACAGAGGAGGAGACCAGGGCACUCUGAGACAUCUGGUUGCUAGGUUACUGUCCAGCAUGGACCCUAGCGACGCCGCGGCGAUGUCAUCCGGCCGCCGCGCGAGGAGGGACCUGUCCGUCGCGUCACCCGAACCCGUUGGCUCCGCCCACCGGAGGACCCGCCGUUCCCUUGACGACGUGGCUCCUCCGUCGCCCAGCAACGCCCCGCCUCUGCUCCGAGUGAAGCGGCUGGAGGAGGAGGAGGAGGAGGAGGGGGAGGAGGAGCUCCGCCCCCCCGCCGGGCUGCAGAGGAUGAAACGCAUCGACACCAUGGCAACCGCCGGCGUGGAAGAACUGAAUCAUGGGAGUCGUAGGCGCAGGAGAGCCGCCCUGAACUACGACCCCCAAAUACUCAUCGAUCAGAUUCUGGACUACAUGAGGGAGUAA